CAGGAGGCUAGGCGCCAGUCUCUCGGGCAGUUGCAGCAGACGUAAAUACGAGUUAUAUUUUGUCAAAUAAUCAGUGAAAUCAAGUUGUUAAGGACAUUUGGAUCCUCGGUCCACCGGAAAUGAACCUAGAACUGCUCGUUCUAAUGAAUUACUGAACAAGCAACUUUGGAUGAAACUUCAAGAUUUCUCUCACAAAUUACUCAUGGAUAAUUUCCUGCUUCUUUCUGAAUCGUUCGGGCAGAACUAUCCAGAGGAGGCAGAUGGCACCCUGGACUGUAUCAGCAUGGCCCUCACCUGCACCUUCAACCGGUGGGGCACCCUGCUGGCUGUGGGCUGUAACGACGGCCGCAUCGUCAUCUGGGACUUCCUCACACGGGGCAUCGCCAAAAUCAUCAGCGCACACAUCCACCCAGUCUGCUCUUUAUGCUGGAGUCGAGAUGGUCACAAGCUGGUGAGUGCCUCCACGGACAACAUUGUCUCGCAGUGGGACGUCCUGUCGGGAGACUGUGACCAGAGGUUCCGCUUCCCCUCACCCAUCCUGAAACUGCAGUGCCACCCCAGAGACAUGGACAAGGUUCUGGUGUGUCCCAUGAAGUCAGCCCCGGUCCUGCUGACUCUGUCAGACUCCAAACAUGUUGUCCUGCCUGUAGAUGACGACUCAGACCUGAAUGUGGUGGCGGCCUUUGACAGGCGGGGGGAGUACAUCUACACUGGCAAUGCCAAAGGAAAGAUUCUGGUGUUGAACACAAACACUCAGGAGCUGGUAGCUUCCUUCAGAGUGACAACUGGCACUAGCAACACCACUGCCAUCAAAUCAAUUGAAUUUGCACGCAAGGGCAGUUGUUUCCUCAUAAACACAGCAGACCGGAUCAUCAGGGUGUAUGAUGGCAGGGAGAUACUAACCUGUGGCCGAGACGGUGAGCCUGAACCCAUGCAGAAACUACAGGACCUGGUCAACAGGACUCCGUGGAAGCGCUGCUGUUUCUCUGGUGAUGGUGAGUACAUUGUGGCUGGAUCAGCCAGGCAGCACGCUCUCUACAUCUGGGAGAAGAGCAUUGGCAACCUGGUGAAGAUCCUGCAUGGAACUAGAGGAGAGUUGCUGCUGGAUGUCGCUUGGCAUCCUGUGCGUCCGAUUAUUGCCUCCAUCUCCAGUGGAGUGGUGUCCAUCUGGGCUCAGAACCAAGUGGAAAACUGGAGCGCUUUUGCUCCAGACUUUAAGGAGCUGGAUGAAAAUGUGGAGUAUGAGGAGCGAGAGUCAGAAUUCGACAUUGAGGACGAAGACAAGAGUGAACCCGAGCAGACAGGUGCAGAUGCUGCAGAGGAUGAAGAGGUGGAUGUCACCACUGUUGACCCCAUAGUUGCUUUUUGCAGCAGUGAUGAGGAGCUGGAGGACUAUAAAGCCCUACUCUACCUGCCCAUUGCCCCUGAAGUCGAAGACCCAGAGGAAAACCCUUUCGGCCCCCCGCCGGAUGCCUCGGUCCAGGCUUCUGCUCCAGAGGACGCGUUGGCUGGUGGAGACAAGAAGCAGCGACAACCUUCGUCUGAAGGAGGCCCGGCCAAGAAGAAGGCUCGUACCACCACCAUUGAACUGCAGGGGGUGCCCAGUGAUGAGGUGCACCCCCUACUGGGUGUGAAGGGGGAUGGCAAGUCCAAGAAGAAGACAGCAGGCCGGCCCAAAGGCUCCAAAGGUAAAGACAAAGACUUCCCCUUCAGGCCCAAGCCCUACAGGGGCGAGCGGCCCUCCUUCCCCAUGGAGACCCUGGGCAGCUCUGGCCCAGGAGGAGGAGGAGGAGGAGGAGGAGGAGGAGGAGGGAUGAAGGGCAGAGCAGAGGGGGGCCUGGCCACAGCAGGGAGUCUGGUCUCACAGUCGUACAAACAACAUGACGUUGGAGGGAUGGACUGAUCACGGCUGCGUACAGUUGUGAAGGAGCACCAACAAGCUUAAACAAAAGGACACACAAAGCCUGAUGUCAUAUUCAGACUGUGGUUGAGCGGCCUGUCUGAUGUGCAGACUGCUUCCUCUCCCAACCAGAGCACAGUAUCACAGGAAAACUCCUCAGUCCGGAUCACGGGAGCCGACAAAGAGCGCGUGAAGCAGCCGAGUCGUCGCAGUAGAGAUCACGUCCUCUGUCUCUGUAGGAUACGUCAUGUAUAGAACGCCUGUGUGUUUGUCUUUGUGUGUGUUGUCUGUCUUGUUGUUUUUAUACAUAUUAAAACAUUUUGAUUUAUAAAUAAAUAGCUGUUGUGUG